AUGACAAAGUAAGUUUUGUUUGUACCAAAAAGCUCACGUUCGGCGAUUUGAGCAGUAAUUGAGCAGAGUGUGUGCCAAAGACCAGCAGAAUGGUGGCAGGGACUAUCCCUCUGACAUCCGCCCAGGGCAUCAUCUCCCUCCUUGAUGAGAACCAGACGGAGCUAAAAGUUUUCGCUCUUUCAAAACUUGACCAAAUCGUCGAUGAAUUUUGGGCUGAGAUAUCCGAGGCGAUCGAGAAGAUCGAGAUCCUGUAUGAAGACCAACAAUUUCCACAUCGCAAGCUAGCGGCUCUCGUCGCCUCGAAAGUGUACUAUCACUUAGGCUCGUUCAAGGAUUCGUUGGACUUUGCUCUACAAGCCGAGGAUUUGUUCGACAUUAAUUCAACAAGCGAAUUCGUUCAGACCAUAAUUUCUAAAGCGAUUGAUGACUAUACUGAAGUCCGUCAGAAAAAUGCUGCAUCCGGAUCAUUGCAAGCCGUUCGGAUCAACCCCCAGCUCGAGGCAAUCGUCAACAAGAUGUUCGAACGCUGUCUCGAACAUGGACAAUUUCGUCAAGCCGUUGGCAUAGCAUUGGAAACCCGGCGUAUGGACGUAUUUGAGAAAGCGAUCAAACAGUCAGAUGACGUUAGUAAAAUGCUGCAGCAUAGCCUGCGAAUCGCAAUGACACUCAUUCAGAACCGAUCUUUUCGUGACCAAGUUCUUCGAGUUCUCGUAAUUCUCUACAAAGGACUAGAACAACCUGAUUACAUCAAUAUGGUGCAAUGUCUCAUUUCCCUGGAUGACGCUCCCUCAACCGCCGAUGUGCUGGUAAGGUUGGUGCGAUCCGUUCACAAGGAGCAGCAGUUAAUGGCGUACCAGAUUGCGUUCGAUUUGUACGAGUCUGGAACGCAACAGUUUCUUAUUCGUGUUAUCCAGGCCCUUAGAGGAAUGGCACCUACCAAGUCAGGCGAGGCCCCUCCUCCAACGGUAGAGGAGAGUAAAGAUAAGAAGAAGCCCGGCGAGAUUGAGAAGACUGGUGAUGAGUUAUUAGACAAGCUUAUUAGAGUUCUGUCGGGGGAACUGACCAUCGGAUUGCACCUGCAGUUUCUGAUCCGGUCCAACCAUUCCGAUUUGCUUAUACUAAAGCAGACGAAGGAAGCUGUCCGCAACAGCAUCUGCCACACGGCGACGGUGAUCGCCAAUGCGCUCAUGCACUGUGGGACCACCUCGGACGCGUUCCUACGAGAUAACCUCGACUGGUUGGCCAGAGCAACAAAUUGGGCUAAAUUUACUGCCGUUUCGUCCCUUGGCGUCAUUCAUAAAGGUCACGAAAAAGAAUCUCUCCAACUCAUGGGACCGUACCUUCCUAAGGAAAGCACCACUUCAUCAGGUUACACUGAAGGUGGCGGCCUUUAUGCGUUAGGACUGAUCCAUGCCCACCAUGGUGCCGCAAUUAUAGACUACCUCGUUCAACAGCUAAAAGACGCUCAGAAUGAAAUCAUACGCCAUGGAGCUUGUCUCGGAGUGGGUCUAGCCGCUAUGUGCACGCAUCGGGCAGAUGUUUACGAACAGCUGAAGUUCAAUCUUUACCAAGACGAUGCUGUUACGGGAGAGGCCGCUGGCGUCGGGAUGGGCCUGGUCAUGCUGGGUUCGGGUGCGGGUGCGGCCAUUGAUGAUAUGGUGGUGUACGCAAAAGAGACUCAACACGAGAAGAUUCUUCGAGGUUUGGCAGUUGGUAUCGCGUUCGUCAUGUUCGGCCGCAUGGAGCAAGCGGAUAGCGUCAUCGAUACACUGGCCAGCGAUAAAGAUCCCCUGUUACGACGCUCGGCGAUGCAUACCAUUGCGAUGGCGUAUUGUGGCUCGGAGAAUAAUGCCUCGAUCAAGAAGCUGCUGCAUUUCGCCGUGUCCGAUGUUAAUGACGACGUACGGCGUGCCGCCGUAGAGGCUCUCGGCUUCCUACUGAUCCGCACACCAGAACAAUGUCCUAGUGUCGUGUCUCUGUUAUCGGAAAGCUACAAUCCAAACGUGCGGUACGGCUCUGCCAUGGCUCUCGGCAUCUCAUGUGCCGGAACGGGCAAUAAAGAAGCAUUGGCUCUUCUUGAGCCGAUGACCAACGACCCUGUGAAUUUUGUUAGGCAGGGCGCUCUCGUUGCAACCGCUCUGGUAUUGAUCCAACAGAGUGAAGUUGUUUGUCCUAAGGUGAAGGAGCUUCGGUCCCUCUACCAAAAAGUCAUUGCGGACAAGCACGAAGACGUGAUGGCGAAAUUCGGCGCAAUCAUCGCUCAGGGCAUUAUCGAUGCAGGUGGCCGAAAUGUAACUGCCGGUCUAUUGUCGCGCACUGGCCACGUUAACAUCCCGGCCAUUGUCGGCAUGCUUGGCUUUACCCAGUUUUGGUAUUGGUUCCCGUUCAGCCACUUCCUGUCGCUUGCAUUUACACCUUCGUGCGUCAUCGGUCUAAAUUCGUCGUUAGCGAUGCCCAAGAUUGAGUUCCGCUCGAACGUUAAACCAUCAACGUACGCGUAUCCGCCCCCAUUAGAGGAGAAGAAGGAGAAGGAGCGCGAAAAAGUUAUGACGGCCGUUCUCUCCAUCACGUUCAAGGCCGCCGCGAAAAAACGCCAAAGGGAGAAGGCCAAGGAAGAAGGCGAAGACAAAAUGGAUGUUGACGACAAGGAUGUCAAGGCCAAAGAAGAGGCCGACGCAAAGAUAAAAGAAGAUGCUGAAGCCAAAGCUAAAGAAGAGGAGAAAAAACCUGAACCCAACUUCGAAAUUCUUGCCAAUCCCGCACGUGUUGUGCGGCCACAGCUCAAGGUAAUUCAGAUGAACGAAGGCGCACGUUACCGGCCCGUAAAGGACGUCUCGAUUGGAGGCGUUAUCCUAAUGCUUGACACGAAGUCAGAACAGGACGAAGAGCUAGUUGAGCCAGUGGUCGCUGGAGGGCUUGCGGUCGCCCAAGACGAGCAGGAGCCGGAACCUCCCGAACCAUUCGAGUAUGAAGAAUAAAA